AUGUUCGUCAUAGCGACCAUGCGUGACCUGAAGCGUAAGGAGAAGCUGGUGGAGGCAGCGGGGGAGGCGUACGGACGCACGCUGACCCUGGCCACGCUGGACGUCUGCACGGACCAGUCAGUCACAGACUGUAUCAACAGCAUCAAGGGACGCCAUGUGGACGUGCUCAUCAACAACGCGGGGAUCGGUCUGGUGGGGCCUCUGGAGAGCAUCCCCAUGCAGGAGAUGAAACAGGUGUUUGAGACCAACGUGUUCGGUGUGAUCCGGAUGAUCAAGGAGGUGAUGCCAGACAUGAAGAAGAGGAGAGGAGGCCACAUCAUCGUGAUCAGCAGUGUGAUGGGCCUACAAGGGGUGGUGUUUAACGAUGUGUAUGCAGCGUCUAAGUUUGCAAUUGAGGGCUUCUGUGAGAGUUUGGCUGUGCAGCUGCUCAAGUUCAACGUCACCAUGUCCAUGAUCGAGCCAGGCCCAGUGCAUACAGAGUUUGAGGCUAAGAUGAUUGAGGAUGUUCGUCAGAAGGAGUUUCCAGGAGCAGAUGCAGACACAGUAAACUACUUCAAGAACGUGUACCUGCCCUCCUCCCUCGACAUCUUCCAGACCCUGGGGCAGAACCCCGAUGACAUCGGCAGGGUGACCCAGAAGGUGAUAGAGUCGGACAGUCCCCGCUUCAGGAACAUGACCAACCCCCUGUACACUCCCAUCGUGGCCUUGAAGUACGCAGAUGAGACAGGGGGCCUGUCAGUCAAGGCCUUCUACCACAUGCUGUUCAACCUGGGUCCCCUCAUGCACAUCAGCAUGAAGGCCAUGCAGUACCUCACCUGUGGCUGUCUGAGGGGCCGAGCUGUGGCCCCACACUGACACAUAUACACACACUGACACACACACACUGACACAUAUACACAC